GAAGAAUUGCUUGUAGAAAUGUCCGAUUCGGAGAAUAAUCUAGUGCGACUGCGCGCACGUUUGCAGGAGCGGGGCGUGAAGCUGUGGGAGUCGCCGUACUAUGUGGAAAAUGUGGGCAGCAGUGAUGCGGCCGUGGAGGGUCUCGCCCAGGAGCUGAGCCGUGAGAUGCACAUAAGCGCAGCAAGCUGCAAGAACUCGCUGCUGCAGCUGCAGCAGAACGCGCUGCGCAAAUUGAGCGCACGCCGCGAGUUCAAUGAGACGGGGCUGGCCACCUUCCACGUGCGGUGCGUGGACAGCCACGGGGGCACCGUUCGCUUGCUGCAGGUGAAGUGCAAGCUGGCCGAGCCGGGCGCCAUGCUGCAGGCUAAAGUUGCGCACGAGCUGCAGCUGAGCGAGGCGGAUCAUGUGAAGUGCAUAUCGGCGGGCCGGAUGGUGGCGCCACAGGCGACGCUGCAGGACCAGGGCUUGAAGAACAAUCAGCAGCUGCUCGUGAUUGUGGGCCAGCCGGAUGCCCAGGGCGAGGCGCUGUAUGAGCGCAUAAGGCAGAUAAAGCGAGAUGUCGAACUGGUCAUCGAUUCGGAUCAUCAUUUUGUCGACCUGGAGGAUCAGGAUGGCAACGCCAUGUUUCUGCCACCGCAAGAGAAUCGUGCCCUACUCCUGGGCAUGGCGCUGUGCGAAAAGGCGCGUUCAGCCAUGCGCCGGGAGCACUACGAUGAGGCCCUGCUGCUCUUCCUCGAAGCGGACGAGAAGUUCAACAAUUGUGACUCCAAGUUUCUGGAGUGCGUGGACAACUAUGCGCUGCUCAACUUGGACAUUGUGUGGUGCUAUUUGUGCCUGAAGAACAUAACCCAGCUGCCGGAUGCACAGCGUCGGCUCGAUGUCUGCGAGCGCAUCCUGCAGCGCAGCUAUGGUCCGAACUUUAGUCGUUUGUAUGCCCUGAAGGGCUCCAGUUGUCCGGAGCGUGCGAUUAUUGUGCGGCUGCAGCUGCUCCAGGGCGUCAUCCUUUUCCACUCGAAUCGUCACGAUGAGGCGCGAUCGCGCCUCGAAACUGUCGCCACAGCUCUGAGCGAACUGAAGGUGAGUACCGAGCAGUUAGCGCUGCUGGUGGAAAUGGGCUUCGAUGCCUCGGCAGCGCGUUUGGCUCUACGCUCCAGCAAUGGCAAUGUGGAGCGGGCGGUGCAGUUUAUCCAACAGCGCAGGCUCAGCGUGCAACAGGCUCGUCUCAACUCCGACUCGGAGCGGGAGCUGAACCGUCGCCUGGCCCAGAUGCAGGUGGGCAACGAUGAUCGCGAUUGGGUGCAUCCGCGCAGCGUCUGUCGGCUCAUGGAGCUGGGCUACGAGCGCUCGCUCGUCGUGGAGGCACUGCGUCGCAGUGGCAACGAUAUAAACAAGAGCCUGGAGCUGCUUCAAUCUCACUCGGACGAGCUGCGUCGCAAUCUGCCCGCCACCCAGACGGCCGACGAGCAAAUGCUCUUCACUCUACGCGAGCUCGGCUUCAAGCUGACCGCUGCUCGUGCCGCUCUAGAAACCACUCGCAACAAUCUAGACAAGGCCAUUGACUUUCUGCUCAAGAGCUUUGCCACCGAGCAGGAGCUGAACAGUGUCAUCGAGCACAUGACCACCCUGACCGCACAGGGCGCUGCCACUGAUGAGUCCGCUUCUGCCUCCCCCUCCACAUCCACCUCAGCCGCUCGAUUGACUGCGCUCACGCCCAGCAAGUUGGCUCUGGUUAAGUCGGUGCUGAGCAAGGCUCAAACCGAAAUCGAGUCGUACAGCGCCUACAAGCGCUUCAAUGAGGAUAUUCCCGAUGUCGAUCAGGACUAUUUGGACUUACCCUUGGAGCAGGAGGAGCAAAUACUUAACGAGUACAGACUGCUAUUGGAACAUUAAAGUUU